AUGCCCCUCGUGCGCGGGAGCGCCGGCGCGCCCUGCAUCGACGUCACCAAGCUCCACGCGGCGACGGGCCUCUACACGCUCGAUCCCGGCUUCACGGCGACGUCGUCCUGCCGGAGCUCCAUCACCUACAUCGACGGCCCCAAGGGCGUGCUCCUCCACCGCGGCUACGCGAUCGGCGAGCUCGCGGCCAGGUCGAGCUUCCUCGAGGUCUGCUACCUCCUGCUCAACGGCCGCCUCCCGGCGAGCGAGAAGCGCCUCAAGAAGUUCGAGGUCGAGGUCGUGCGCCGCAUGACGGUCCACGAGCGGCUCAAGGCCUUCAUGACGGGCUUCCCGGACGGCGCGCACCCCAUGGCCGUCAUGGUCGGCACCGUCGGCGCGCUCAGCGCCUUCUACCACCGCGGCGACGUCCGGGCCAUGGACGACGCGGCGCGCGCGCUCGCGGCCGUGCGCGUCGUCGCGAAGCUGCCGACGAUCGCGGCGAUGGCCUACCGCCACAGCGUCGGCCUGCCCUACGUGGGCCCGCGCGCGGGCAAGUCCGUCGCGGCGAACCUGCUCCACAUGUGCUUCGCGUCGCCGCUGGACUGCGGCGACUGGGUCCAGCCGUCCGCGGUCUUCGAGAAGGCGCUCGACGUCUUCCUGUUGCUGCACGCGGACCACGAGCAGAACGCGUCGACGUCGACGGUGCGCCUCGCGGCGUCCUCGGAGGCGAACCCCUUCGCGUGCGUCGCGUCGGGCAUCGCGUCGCUCUGGGGCCCCAUGCACGGCGGCGCGAACGAGGCCUGCAUCAGGAUGCUCCGCGAGAUCGGCGACGCGUCGCGCAUCCCCGAGUUCCUGGCCCGGGCCAAGGACAAGGCCGACCCCUUCAAGCUCAUGGGCUUCGGCCACCGCGUCUACCGCAACCUGGACCCGCGCGCCAAGGAGAUGCGGACCCUCGCGCUCGCCGAGACCGACGCCGCGCCCGCGGGCGCUUCCGAGGAGGUCGAGCUCCGCACGCUCUUCAAACUGGCCGAGGAGCUCGAGCGGCAGGCGCUCGCGGACGACUACUUCGUCACGCGCAAGCUCUUCCCGAACGUCGACUUCUACAGCGGCCUCGCGCUGACGGCCAUGGGCAUCCCCACGUCGCUCUUCACGUGCCUCUUCGCCGUGGGCCGCGGCGUCGGCUGGAUCGCGCAGUGGAAGGAGGCCAUGGAGGACCCCGGGCGCAAGAUUUCGAGGCCGCGCCAGGUCUACGUCGGCGAGCUCGCCCGGCCCUACCAGGACUACCGGGAGCGCGCGUCGUCGUCGCCGCGCCUGCUCCGCAGCUUCACGGACUCGACGCACAGCAUCCCCUACAACUACGGCGUCGGUCACCAGUCCUGA